UGGUAGUGUCAAAGAGACGUCAAAUUCAGAUAAAUUUGACAAGUAGCAUUGCAUUUCGUUUUUCCAAUAACUUGGCUGCCCUUUUGUAAUUUGUUGUGUAAUAAAGUAAGAACAUAAAAAAAUACAAAGAUGCUAGCAAGGUCUAUGUUGCGAAACUUUGGUUUAAGAGCUGGAGUUAGGUUUUACAGCGACGGUACCGGACAAAACCAGGGCACGUCUUCAGUUACCUCGCCGUCACCAGCCACUGCAAAAAUGGUUUCUAACGUUCCAGGUCUUAGCAGUGCGGUAAUACAUCCAGCAUCAGAGCCUCUGGGUCCUGGUGUAGACCCUCAAAAGUCAGGGCCGUACAAAGUGCCCGAAUACUUCUGUUACGACAACAUGAGCUACUUUGAAGCUGAAAUUGAAAUGUCCAAGUUUAGGCUUCCACAGCCAUCUUCACUCAAGCAGUAGACUUCUAAAUGAAUAUGAUUAUUUAGUAUUACAAGUUGUAGUUAUCAAUUAAAUAGAUUAAUAAAUAUUAUUGUUUUAAUACA